AGUGGAAGGAACAAAUUCUCUGCUCUUGCCUGAGAGCAGGGAACUGAGCAUGAUCAACAUCCAGUGCUUCAGGUUCCUGGCUGUCCUGAGUUUCCUACUGACUCUCUCAGAAGGAGAUCCUGUCAUCCACUGGAUUCACGUGUCAACCAGGGCACAUUAUGUCCUUUCCUUCUACAAUAACCAAACCCAGUUGGGAUACCAGGUCCAACGGUUUAGAGGCAGAACGUCUCUGUUCACAGAUCAGAUCCCCAGAAGAAACGCCUCUCUGCUGCUCACAGCGGUGAAGAUCCAAGAUGAAGGACGAUACGUGUGCCGCACAAGUACCUCAGAAGGCAACAUAAAAGCAUUUGUUGAUCUAAAAAUAGAAGCUCCAGUCUCUGCAAUCAGAAUCCAUCAGGAUGGAAACAGGAUCACCUGCAGCUCAGAGGGGAUCUACCCUCAACCUGAACUCACCUGGUCCACUGAGCCUCCGUGCAAAACAACUCUUCAGAACAAGACAAUGGUCCAACAGACUGAUGAGCAGCUUUACAACAUCACCAGCUGUCUGAUGGACCAUGACCCUAAUUUGACCUACUACUGCACCGUCAAAACUCAGACAAACCAGAAGACAGGUUUGGUUAAACCUGAAAUUUCAAAUAAUGUUGGAAAGAUCUCUGGAAUGGUGAUUGGGGUUCUACUUGCAGUAACGAUCGUAGUGGUGGCUGUGAUUUUUAUAAUUUUAACGAUAAAAGGCUGCACAAAAAACAACACAAGGACACGGAGCAAUCCUGAAGUUCAUGAGAACUCAUUGAAAUCUGUGGACUGCCUGAAUGAAUCAAACACUGCUGUUGUAGAACAAAAGAAUCUAGAUACUAUAACGUCCACUGCACAUCUUUUAUCCCCUUAUCUUUCCCAAAAAAGUCUCACAUACCAGGCAAUGUUUCCACGAGCACAACAACAAUGUCCUCAAGAAAGUUACUAUCUUAACAUUUUAAGAUGUUAAAAUACUUUUCUAAAGUCUAUUUCUUCCAUUAAAUUGAUAAUAAUUAUAACGAAGCCUUGGCGUAAAUUCAAACUGGAAGAAUCUCCAGCCCCACCUGCAUCAUCCAAUCGGUGAGACUCGUUCAUCAUCAUCGACCUAUCAGCGCCGGACCAAGCCACGUCACGGCCAAUCACCGACCACGCUCCAGCUCAUAAGGACCUCCAUCAGUGGCAUCUUCCAGCUGCGCUCAACCCGCCUCAAGCCUCAUUCUUGAUGAAGCUCUAAAAUCUAUAUUUUCGCCUUAAACAUCUUAAAACUAAUUUUAUGAAAUAAAAAAGUGGUUUAAUUAGUUGCUGCUGCUGGUGGCCCAAUGCAAACAAUGUCCUAAAAAAAUCAAUUAUUACAUGAAAACAAAUGAAGUUAUGUUGUUUGAUUUAAACCUAAAAUAAGUUGAUAAAUUUUGCUUAGCUGUACUAAACAGCCACCUUAAUGACUUCUAGCUCAAAACUGCCUUUACUUCCAAUCACUGCUGGUGUUCAGAAACCCUGAUGGCUUAUGGGUAAUAUUUGGUGUUUUAAAAAUAUCCAGUGAAACACAGUAAAGAUAACAAGAUUGUUUUUUGUUGUAUGGAUGAACUUACAGAUACUACAGGAACAAUUGAUUUUCUGAAAAAAUGACAAAAUCUUGUAUCUUGAACAAUGUUUGACCUGAUUACUAAAUAAAUCUGCGUAAAGA